GGACUGCGGAGCACCGGGACCAGCCGCGGAACCUCUCAGCUCGCCCCCGAACCCACUGUUUGAUAUUUGCUUUGAUCUGGCCGCUCGGAACGAGCGUUGGCGUUAUCGUCUGGCGCGCGCAGCCCGUGACACGGACGCGCCGGGAAGCGGCGAGGCUCGAGCGCGGACCUGAAGGAGGACGGACGCACGGGCGCGUGAGGAGUCACUGGCCACCGAGCCACCACCGUUACCGUUAACGUUACCGCGGAUCCGCGCGCGGGGAGACUGCUGCUGAUCAUCACUGAUCAAUACACCAAUAAACCAAUCAGCGCGCGCUCACAGAACAAUCCAAUUAUUUAAGAUAGAAGAACAUAUAAAAAAACGUCCCGGAACGCUUGGAUGGCGCUUGCUUGUGCUAGAACACCUGCGUACAAGGAUGCUGGACUGCAGCACACUACUGUUCUAGCUAGAAUGCCUGGCUCGUGCAUGCUGAUGUGCUUAGAAUGCUUAGACAAUAUGCGUACUUGUGCACUAGAGCACUAGAGUGCUCAGGUGGUGUGCACUAACGUACAAGAGUGCUUAGCUAUUGCUUAGCUAGUGCACAGUUACGUACUAGAAUGCUCAGAUAGUGUGCACUUUAGUAUUAGAGAGUUCAGGUGGUGUGCACUUGUGUACUAGAAUGCUCAGUUAGUUCACACUUGGGUAUAACAGAGUUAUACGUACUAGAAUGCUUAGCUUGUAUACACUCGCAUACUAGGGUGCACAAGCAGUGUGUACUUGCAUACUAAACUGAUCAACUGGUGUGCACAUGCACACUAGGGUGCAUAGGUAAGGUGUACUUUUGUACUAGAAUGCUUAGUUAGUGGGCACUUGAGUAUAAGAGAGUUCAGCUGGUGUGCACUUGAGUAUAAGAGAGUUCAGCUGGUGUGCACUUGAGUAUAAGAGAGUUCAGCUGGUGUGCACUUCUGCACUAGUGUUGCACUAGUGCCCAGGUGUUGUGUACUUAUAUGUACUAGAGGGAUCAGUUAGUGCACACUUAGGUAUAACAGAGUUAUACGUCCUAGAAUGCUUAGCUGGUAUGUACUCGCAUACUAGGGUGCACAGGUGGUGUGUUCUUGCAUACUAAACUGAUCAACUGGUGUGCACGUGCACACUAGGGUGCUUAGGAGAGGUGUACUUCAGUACUAGAAUGCUCAGCUAGUGUGCACUUGGAAAUGUACUAGAGAGCUCAAGCUGGUGCACGCUUAUGUACUACUGGGCAAAGGUGGUGGGCAUUUGCAUACUAGAGCGUUCAGCUGUUGAGUUACUUGUGAACUAGGGUGGUCAGAUGUUGUGCAUACUUGUGUACUUGCAUACUAGAGUGCUCAACGCCGUGCAUACUUGUGUACUAGAAUACUGAGCUAGUGAAAGUAAGUAGUGUACUGGUUCCGCGUAUUUCAUGUUCCGUAUCUUUGCUCUCAGAGUAUUAAUUGUUGCGUUUCUUGAUAAAGUGCACGAAAGGCAUAGGCCCAAACUUGUGUUUUCUAGUAUUCUAUAUUUAGCGCACCAGUAUACCUAACGAUUUUAGUUCCAGCACACUAGUGUUCGUGUGUGUUCUGAAGUGUGCACUACAAAGGCCGCCGAGUUGCAGAACGCAAGCGUGUGGUUGGGAACGAAGCCAUGCGGUGGGCGAGGACCGGAGGGAGGUGAAGGUGGACUCGAGCUGUGUAAAGGGGGGGCAGGGUCGGGGGGUUGUGAUGGCAUGGUGGUGAAGUUGUGACUGCGUGUGAAAGCACCUGUGCGAGAGUGCACGAUGGAGAGGUUCCUACAGAUCGCCCCGCACUCGUUGGCCAUCGUCCUGCGGCGCGUGGGGGCGGAGCCAGAGGCCGCCGCGACGGACGAACUGCAGCACCGACACACGGGCUACGAGAUCUUCGCCGACUUCAAGGCGGAGAACAUGCAGCACUUCUGGAACAAGAAGGUGACGGAGGCGGUGGAGGAGACCUUCUUCCUCGGCUGGAUUGACGAACACGUCCUGCUCAUCCAGGGCAAGGAGGAGCACCUGGAGGUUCUGAGGGAGGGCUGGACCCGGCGGGCCCUCAAAGCCCCACGCGGUUUCGAGAUCCAGUGCAUCGGUGAUGUGUCUCCCAUCAGCAUGUCCCCAAUCAGCCAGUCUCAGUUUAUUCCGCUGGGAGAAAUUCUGUGUUUGGCGAUUUCGGCCAUGAACUCCGCCCGCAAGCCCGUCACACAGGACGCCCUGAUGGAGCACCUCACCACCUGCUUCCCAGGUGUACCCACACCGAGUCCGGAGAUCCUGCGGCACACGCUCAACAUGCUGGUUCGGGAGCGGAAGAUCUACCCCACACCUGAGGGCUACUGCAUUGUCACGCCCCAGACCUACUUCAUCACCCCCUCCCUCAUCCGCACCAACAGCAAAUGGUACCACCUAGACGAUCGGCACCAGGACCGGCAGCAGCAGUCACAACAACAGCAGCAGCAGCAGCAGCAACAACAACAGCAACAGCAGCAGCAACAACAGCAACAGUCGCAGCAGCAGCAGCAGCAGUGUACGUCCCCCCAGUCCGGCACAAUCACCCCUUCGACCUCUGGUUGCGUGCGGGAAAGGCUAAACCACAAGAACCACUGCGACUCGUACAACUCUUACCGUGACGAGGUGCCAAGCAAUCACACUACUCUUCAGAGGAAGUCCCCAAAGGAACCUAAAGGAGAUCCCCCCUCAUACCCCCAGCCCCCGCCCCCUCCGCCGACCACACAACACCCGCCCGAUCCAGACAAGAGCAGGAGUAACCCCUCCUUCGCUUACAAGACAGACACUCUGACCAAGAAGAAAGAGGGGAGCACCGGGGGCAGCAGCGAGAGGCAAUCCAAGAAGUUUGGGCUAAAGCUUUUCCGACUCAGCUUCAGGAAAGACAAGACAAAGCAAUUGGCGACCUUCUCUGCUCAGUUUCCACCAGAAGAGUGGCCUCUUCGGGAUGAGGACACACCCUCCUCCACGGCUAUUCCCCGUGAGGUGGAGAUGGAGAUCAUCCGGCGAAUCAACCCGGACCUUACGGUGGAGAACGUGGCGCGUCACACAGCUGUGAUGAAACGAUUGGAGGAGGAACGUGCUCAGCGCUGCAAAGCGAAUUCAUCUGCACAGCACAGCGCCCGCAGCCGCCGCAGCCGUGGCCACCGCCGCGUCCCGCACGGCAAAUCGAGAUCCCACAGCAAGACCCGCCAAACCUCUCGAGGAGACCCAUCCGAAGGAUCGAACUUGGACCUGGCCGCUGCAGUGGGCCUUGAGAGGGACUAUCGCUUCUUUAGCCACUCUCUGGUGCGCUCUCCUAGGGAGGGAAUGUACACAGUGGAACGCAGGAGUGGUGCUGCUUACCUUGUCCACAGCAACCCUAAUAUUGCAGAGUCGUAUUUUCCUGUUACGCCUGAAUGGGACGUCUCGGGGGAGCUUGCAAAAAGACGGACGGAGAUGCCCUUCCCAGAGCCUUCACGUGGUACCUCGCAUUCCAGGGUGCACCGAAGCCACAGCCACACGCAGGACCGCAAGUCUCGCACUGAGCGGCCAGAUAAGGCCAAGGAAAGGUCGAGAUCCAUGGACAACUCCAAGGGUCCGCUGGGAGGCGGAAGCUCAACUCUAGGCACUCCAGAGGACUACGACCGCAGUCCGGACCAUCGCAGUCGAUACUACACUGACGAUGGGACACUCAGAGCCUCCUCGCAGAAAACAUCACACUAUUCGCGCAUCAUGUUCUCCGCUGCUAAGUUCAGCUCUGAGAUGUCUGUGCCUGACAUGGGCAAGAUGAGCCUGGACACGAUUCCUCUGGAACGGAACAAGAGCAGGGACAGUUUGCCGGCCUACAGUGAUUUGAAGGCCCUGUCGCCCAAGCCGCUUGCGGACGACUACUUCCAGUGCAAUACGUCGAACGAAACAAUCUUAACCGCCCCGUUGCCGCUGGCCAAAUCCGAUCACGACACUUUAACGCCGUCAGACGGGAUCCGUAAGGGAUCACCGGCUGACAGGCAGACGCCGCACCUCACCUCCCCACACCCUAUGGAAUACAAAGAGGACAGCUCCACCAAGGGCCACAACGGCUCGGGUAAACCAACGCCCAGCCAAACGCCAGAGCCCAUGUCCAACGGACGUUUGAUACAGCAUCAACACAACGCCGACCCAGGGGGUGGGGGAGGGGGCAGUGUGGGUACUGGUGGCAGUGGAUUGGUGGUGGAUAAGAGGAAAGAGAUUUUCAGUAAAGACACUUUGUUCAAGCCACCACACAAUGUUUUGACUAUGAGUUAUGUGGACAGUGGCUACUCAAAAUCAGGCACGUUGCGAAAGACCCCUCACAUGAAAUCGUCUGAGGUGCUUGACACCCUCGAGCCACAACCGCCACCGCCUAACUCUGCCCCGUCACCCGCAUCCGCCCCGCCCCCCACAGGGUCAGAGCAGGGUGCCCCCUCUGCCUCGGAGGCUACGUUCGACUACUACAACGUGUCGGACGACGACGAUGAGGAAGAGGUGGAGGAUUCUUCACAUAAAGAGGCAGCGCCGGCGGAAGGGAAGGUGCGGGCUGGGGGUGGCGAGGGUGGUGGUGUGGUAGGCGGUGGGGUUGGGGGUGGCACCAUGCAGUGGUUGCUGGAACGAGAGAAGGAGCGUGAUCUACAGAGGAAAUUUGAAACCAACCUGACUCUGCUGAGCCCCAAGGAGAACGAGAACACCAGCAGCCAGAAGUCGGCGCACUCGGCACGGCUGGACAGCAUGGACAGCAGCAGCGUGACUGUAGACAGUGGCUUUAAUUCCCCACGCACACGGGAGAGCCUGGCGUCCAACACCUCGAGUAUUGUGGAGAGUAACCGGCGGCAGAACCCAGCUCUGAGUCCGGGUCACAUGGGCACCACCAGCAUCGGCCCACCCUUCACCUUCCGCACCAUCCCUGAGCCCCCCACCACCCAGGCUGAGAAACUGCAGAAAUCCCCCAACUGCCUCGCCUCCAUCACCAGCGUCUGACACGGGCUGCAGCCGGGCGGGCGAGCGGUCAGGCGGGCGCGGAGUCGGGCGUGUCCGCAAAGAUAAAAAAAACAAAACAUAACAAAAAAAACGGGGGUGCGCGUCAGUGCCGGGGGGUCCAUGCCAACCUGCCCUGAGACGAGCACCUCAAACCACACGGGGACUGUUAAACCCACAGGUAAUGGCUUCCACAGACUGUUCUACAGCAUCAACAAGUCACUGCAAAAAAAGAGAAAAAAAAAAACGAAAGAAAAAACAGAAUAAAUUAAAAAAGGAAAUUAAUCACGACAUGAUUUAUCUCGACAAGCGAUUAAUCAGGAAAUUCUCCACCUUGAAUCAACAGUUAUUUUCUUAAACCCGGGAUAGUCUUGAAGUAUCUGGUCAUAUUUAUAUUUUUAUUUUUUGUUUUUUUGGUUUCUGUUUUUCCGUAAUUUUUUCAGUAAUAACAGUCGUUUUUUUCAGUCAUGGAAAAAAGAAAUCAUCCCGCGACGGAUUAGGAAUUGCACUCUUUGACGUACGGAUGCGCGUCCCGGCUUUUUAACGAUUACUAAGAAAGCUUAAGGUUGUAGAAUUGUGAGAAUUGUGAUGAUGACGAUGUACGGAAGAAACCUGGUAAUAAAAAAGAAAAUUCUCUCAUUUGAACAACAUUAAAAUUCAUGGUUCAUAAUGUUGUAUAAUAAACCCCAAAAUAAAGUCAUUCUUCACGACAGCAUUAGCUCUGUUGAUAAAGUAAUAAGAACUGGAGUCAUACUUUUCAUGCUUAUAAAAAAUAACUAGUACUUAGAUUGACUUACUAAAAAAAAGUGACAAAAAAAACGUAUUCUGAAAUUAAAGGAUUCAUUUAGGGAAAAACAAGGACUGUUGUUUUAUUUUGUUGGUUUUGUUUGUUUCGUUACUUUGUUUGUUUGUUUGUUUUUUUGUUUGUUUAAAACCCAGACAAGGCAAAGCAGAUAAAGUGUAAUGUGUGUGACUGUACAUCACUUACUGAAUUUAAUUAUUUCAUUAAAGUUUCUAUCUGACAUUUAA